AUGAAGAAAGCCAAUGGAGCAGAGAAUACUUUCCACCGCUUUCCUGACUUGUAUCCCGAAGUACGAUAUCAAAUCUGGCAUUAUACUCUUGCUCUUUUUCCUCGAAUCAUUGAAGUCAGACCACGCACGACACCGACCGAAGCAUGGGAUCCCCUUACCACCAAACAUCAUGUUAGAGUGACUGCACCUAUUGUCCUCCUACAAAUCAAUCACGAAGCUCGAGAACUGCUAUUGCCAUUUUAUACUUUGCUUAGCUCAGACGUGAUUCUUACCCCGAUCUUCCAUCAUCACCGAGCUUCUCCAAAUCCUCACGAGAAGCCACCUAUGGUCAACUUUGAUACGGACACUAUAUAUUUCAGCGUAGCUUGGAGUACUACUGAAAAAAUCCCAUAUCUGUCAUUCAUACAACGAUUGUUCCGAAACUUCGAUCAAGAUAAAAAACGAGUGCGAAGACUGGCGGUGGAUAAUUCCUCAGAGUUGUCGAACUUGAUAGACUUCCCUUUCAAAUCGAGACAGCCUACAAGCGGCGAAUAUGGCAUCACGACCAUCCCGGAAUUGCAGAGUUUGAAAUAUUCAUAUCAUGAACAGAUGAGGUCGAAAGAUGACGAAUAUAGCGCCGAGAACCCUAUAUGGUUCUCUUUGGAUUCGAGACAUUCUAAUGAUUGCCAGGUCGCCCCGGAAUCUUGUUUAUCAAAUAUGAACUCGGCUCUCUUGGAGUUCAAGAACUUGUAUGAAUUGGUCAUAGUUGUUAAGCCUACUCACUUGAGGGCUGACGUAGUAUUGAUUUGCUUUGUAGAUCUGGGGAACGCCAGCAUUGGAGAGGAAGAGGAGUGUAUCAAUAUCCUACGUACACUGGGAUCCGGAGGGUGGAAAGUACCCAAAAUAAGAAUUUGUGCAACACAUGUAGCUCCAGGAAACAAUCGAAAAAUGGAGUCACAGAAAGCCUAUUUGGAGAGAUUAUAUGGAAAGGCUUUCGUUUCGAGUUUCACUGGAAAAUGA